CAAGUUGUUUGUUACACUGUAACACCAGCUGCUUUCUGCACUCUGGAGCUUUUGCUGCCUCUGAGCUCCCUUAACUCCUUUUGCCUCUAGUCCCUUGCUUAGCUUCCCCCUCUCCCCGUUUUCUCUCGCUUUAGAUCUCUUUCUAACUUUCACAUCGGUUUCUCCCACCCCCCCUGCUCCCUCCCCUUUCCUGGAGUCUUAAAGGGGGAGAAGAAGAAAAUAAUUUGAAAAAAACCUCCAAUUUUUUUUUUAAAAUUAUUAAUAAAAAAAUUAACCUUCAACAUAAAUGAACUACAAAUGAGAAAAAGGAAAAGAUGGAGCUGCACAUUUUAGAGCACAGGCUCAAAGUAGCCAGCAUAGCCAAGGAGAGCAUCCAGUUGUUUACCUAUGGAUUAAUCAAACUUGCUUUCCUUUCCUCCAAGACCAGGUGCAAGUUCUUCAGUCUCACGGAAACGCCAGAGGAUUAUACGAUCAUUGUGGAUGAAGAGGGGUUUCUAGAGCUCCCUGCAUCAGAACACUUGAGUGUGGCAGAUGCUACGUGGCUGGCUCUCAAUGUGGUUUCAGGCGGAGGCAGCUUCUCCAGCUCCCAGCCCAUCGGAGUGACCAAGAUUGCCAAGUCAGUAAUAGCGCCCCUGGCUGACCAAAACAUUUCUGUGUUCAUGCUGUCCACCUAUCAGACGGACUUCAUCCUGAUACGUGAGCGGGACCUGCCCUUCGUGAUGCAUACGCUGGCUGCUGAGUUCACCAUCCUUAGGGUCGUGAACGGGGAGACAGUGGCUGCUGACGACUUCGGGAUAACGAAUGGGUUUGUCAAGCCGAAAAUGGUUCAGAGGCCUGUUAUCCAUCCUCUUUCCAGUCCCAGUAAUAUGUUCUGUGUCACCAGCCUGGAUCCAGAUACCCUUCCAGCUGUCGCUACACUACUAAUGGAUGUCAUGUUUUACUCCAAUGGAGUAAAAGACACGCUGGUGGGCAGUGAAGACUCUGGACACAUUCGCUUUUUCUCCUUCUCUCUCAUUGAAGGUUACAUCUCCUUGGUGAUGGAUGUACAGACACAGCAGAGGUUUCCUAAUAAUUUGUUGUUUACAAGUGCAUCUGGAGAACUCUGGAAGAUGGUUCGGAUUGGCGGGCAGCCACUUGGCUUUGAUGAAUGUGGAAUUGUCGCUCAGAUUUCUGAGCCUUUGGCCGCCUCUGACAUCCCAGCCUAUUACAUCAGUACUUUUAAGUUCGAUCACGCAUUGGUACCCGAAGAAAAUAUAAAUGGCGUAAUCAACGCACUCCAAGUCAGUCAAGCUGAAAAGCAUUAGACAUCUUCUGACCUGGUUGCAGAUGCUUUUUUAUUAUUCCUUUUCUCACCGUAUUUCUUGAAAAAUCUGACUCCAAAGAGAAAAAUUGAGGUGCCAUGAAAAGAGACUGUGAACUGAUGAGCAGAAGUAGCUCCAACAAGCUUUUUUUUUUCUUUCUUUCUUUUUUCUUUCUUUCUUAAAAGUGGGAGGGUGGGGAGUUAUGAUGGUUUCUUGACAUUAGACUCCAAAGCAAAAUGCUUUCUUGCUUUUUUGGUGUGAAAGGAAUUGCAGGUAGAGAUGCAGCCUCUCACUGAAAUGCAGAGGUAUAGACAGGUUGCAUAUACAGCAGCUUUAGGGAGAGCUUCAAAGCAACACCUGAGGGGGGAGAGCUGGUUUUUUUUAGCAGAGAGCAUGAAAAGCAUAAAGGAAAGAAAUGUGGAAUUAAAAGGAAAACAAAAUGUUGAACUGUAUUGCUCUUUCUACUAGCAUCAGACUAUAUAAAAAUGGUAACAGUCCCUUAUGAGCUAUGUUCAGAUUGGAUACUGUUUUCCUUCACAAUUCAAUGUUGUGAGAGGGUGGGAAAUAAACUAUUUUUUUCUUCUGCAAUUCAGAAUUGGCUGCACAGAGAACAUUGCAGCAUGGUUCUUUACUAAGAGCUAUCUUCUGCUGAUAUGUACUUCAGGGGCCUGUGUGAGUCAUUGGAGUUAUGUAUAUUAGCUCCAUUUUCCACAGUCCCCUAACACCCUCUUGCUACAAUGUUGUGUCCAGGCAUCCUUCCAAGCCCAAGAAAGUUUGCCAUUCUCUGAUGUCCGUUAUCUCAUGCCAUCCCUUCCCUUUUCCCCGAUCCCUAGACUCUUUAACAUGUAGGGAUUGAGGAUGGUUGUCAUGAGGCCCGCUUGCUCGACCAGCCUCGCUCAAAUCCACUCCCUUCCAUUCCUACUGAGCCACUCUCGCUCCCUGAUGCUUUCCGACAUGUCUCUAUUGAAAAGGGUAAGGAAGCAACGGAAAGUCCUGAGCUUAUGGAGGCAGCACUGGUUUUAUCAGUAUAGCUCAGGGCGCUGUUGUCUUUCUACACCCACUCACGGCCUUCUGCAGCCAAGGCUCUUGGUGAAUGUGUUGUCAUCCAGCAAAACAGUUAGCCAAGACCUCGGUGCUUUUGUCCUAACCAGGGAGUGUUGAUACCCAGGCCCUUGGGGUUCUAGUUAUUUCACCUGCUACCUAAUUUCUUUGAUGAAACAUGAUUCUGGCUUGGUUUGGUGUGGCUGCAAAGCUAGGUUCCAACCCAGUGGGAGUUUUUGCAUUGACUUAGUGGCUUUGAAGCAGGCCCUUAGUACUUUGUAUUUAGAAAAGGCACCAAGUUCUACAGAAAUGUGCUGAAACAUUGACCUGGUUCCUUAUCCCAGUAUUACCAGCUUUUUUGGAGGAAAGUGAUGUUGGUCUUUAAUAGAAGAGCCCUACCGCCUGCAAUCCCUCCGGGAGCUGCUUACAUUUUGACAGCCCCUUGCAAAAGAAGUGAUGAGCCAGUGGGAAUGAAACUCAGUAGCCCAACAUUUUACCUGGUGCCAUGCAUCUUCUUCAGCCCACUUCAGAACUGACCCACGGUCAGGACGGAGGUAAAGCCAAUGGUGAGUGCAGAGCAGGGAGGGCAAGCAUUGCACAGGAGUCUGCAAUGAAUGCACCUGAAAUGCCGUAUGUCCGCAACAACCCACUCUCUGGUGAGACUCAAGAUCUGUGAGGAGGAAGGCCACAUUCAGAGAUCUUGUUUUAUAGGUGGGAAACUGAAUUUCCCUUGUAUCUUUUAACCUGUUUUACCUCUCCCCCAGACUUCUUUUUUUUAAUUAAGAAAUUGUGAAUUCUGUAGCUUUAGUGAGGAUUUACAAUCCCAAUGUAACUUGAGAGAGAACCACCUACUCAGACCUGCAUCUUGCAGAUUUUCUCCAGGCAUCUGUUCCCUACCAGUACAUAUGAGAGAGUUUUUAUUAUAUAUACAUGUGUGUAUGUUUAUGGUACAGACAUAGAUACACACAUGCUGCUUACGGUGUCAUUCAGAUUACACAAAGUUUGGGGAGGACUAGGUAUUAAGAGCUUGAUGUUCGGUUUAUCAGAAAGCUCACUCUAGCCCUGAUGUUGCAGGGCCCACAAAGUUAAUGGAGGACCCUUGGGGAUUUUUUAAUCAAUCUGUUGAACAGUUAAUGGAACUAAAGCAUCUUUAGGCAAUAACAUGGAUAUCUUUCCUUUUUAGACCCUAAUUCAGUCCACCAUCCCUAUUUUGUUAAGCGCUUCACUUUAAACGCCUGCUUACGUUCCAUUGACUUAAGCACAUGUUCACGGUUAAGCAUGUACUUAAGCGCUUCACUGAAGUAGGGCCUAAAAAGAACAUUUUGAUUUCCCUUUAGGCAGUUUUCAACCGCCCCAUGGAGAACUAUAGUAACUCUCGACUUUGGAGGUUAAUGCUAAUUACUGUUAUGACACCCUGUGUCUCUGGAUAUUUGCUCAAAAAGCUGCUUUCCUCCUGCUCUUUUGCAGCAUAUACACAGACAUGUUCUCAAGUUGUGUAGUGUGAUAUUUUUUUUUUGUUUUAAAUAUCCCACCUACUGAAGGAUUAAAAUUGGUAUACAAAAUUGUUCUAUGCCUAAAGAGCCCUUAUGUCAAACCACAAGUCCCAACUGAAGCCUGACUGAGCUGUUGGAAGGUUAUGGGGGUUUGUUUAGUUGCUUUUCACAGUACAGAUGCUGUAGGGUUUUCCCUUUGUGGGACUAUGGUUUUAUUUAGCGAUGCACAGACUGCUUGAAUGAGAUUCAAACUGCCAUGUACUACUUGUCAUCGAAGGUUUUUGAGCAGUAGAGCUGCUGAAUUUUUUGCAGUGUUGUGGGGCUAGAAAAUGUUGCUCAUCAAGGGUAUUAGCUAGUGGAAAACGAUUAUUAAUUAGUUUACACACUGGAGAGCAAUUAUAUUUGUUACCCUCUCCGUGUGAUAUUGCUGCUUCCUAAGGACAAAGAUGUUUAUAUGAAGGGAUUACUUGAAAUGAGCAGCAAGUUUACUGAGCCUUAACACAAAGAGAAAAAUAAUGACCUUGUUAUAAUUGUUGUUUACACUGUACACUCAGGCUAUUCUAGAUGACACUAUUUUUUUUCCGAGGCCCUUAAGUUUAUGAUGUUUACGGAUGUCUCUGAUGUGCUUUAAAACAGUCUUCACAAGGCAGGUCGAUAUGCGGUAUAAAAAUGUUAGCCUGGAAAAAUGACGUGGUGUGGUAUGAUAUUGAGUGAAGUAUCUCUAAAAUUGCCAUAGGAUUAGCUGUUUUUUUCCCCUCUCUUUUUGUCUUUGUAAUCCCAGGAAACCUCGAUUGUUUUGGACAACUGUCUGGAUAAUUUGACGUGAUAGCUAAGGAGCCUUUGAAGAGCCAGUGCAAUAGGCAAGUUGCACCCUGAUGAUGAGAACUAAGCUGUAAUUUACAGCUUGGGAAUCAGACCUGUGCUAACUCUGAUCAAGUUAAUAUGCUAAAAUUAGCCAUGUAGCCAAGGUGGUGCAAGUGGCAGGAUGGGCUUGCCACCAGAGUAAGUAUCUAGGAUUUCAGCCAGGAUCUUACUGAAGGCAGCUAGCCUGUCCACUGCUUCUGCAGUUUCACUGCUCUUUGUAGCAUGCUAGCUUGACCAGCGCUAAAGUGGGUGUGUUUAGCCAAGCUGGACACACCUCCAGCACCAGCAUAGACGUACCCUAAGAAACUAGUAAAACAACCAGGUUUGGUGCCAGGAUGGCGCCUAGAACACCCUAGAACUAGUUCAAGAUGUGAAUGAGAUCUUCAUGGCUUCAGCAUAUCUCCCUAAUGGGCUUGACCCAGGACUUCAGACCCAAAUUUGGGGAAAGUUCAGAUUGGGAUCCUGCUCUGGCCCAUCUCUAGCUGGUACAAGGGCUGUGCAUUGCUUGUAUGUUACAGCAGCUAUUAACUCUGCAGGCUACGCUUGCAGGGUGGUGGCGGAACAAGAGGGGAAUUCCCUGAACCAACAUAUCAGAGUUUUGUUUAAAAAAAACCCAAGCCCUUCAGAAAACCCUUUCUUCUAGCACCUGAGGAAAUCCAAGUGGAUGUACCUUCCUCUCAGUCCUGACCCCAAGCUACACCGCAUACUCCAGUGCUGUGCGCUUUGGAGCCCUGCUGCAGAACGCUUUUUCCUCCAGCAUUGCAGAACGCUUAUGCAAGGGGCCGAGCAAGGAAAUUCAACACACUCUGACCAUGCUCAGGAUGAGUGGAAUCGCAGCAGUGGGGUAAGGAAAAGAAUCCUUUCCUGGGUGUGAUCUGGAUUGCCACAUCCAUUUGGCCCUGUUGCUGCCCCUGUAGUCUUUAGCACCUGAUUUUGUGCAAAAAAUAUAUAUAUUUUUAAGGGUUGGGUUUUUUUAAAAAAAGCCUUGUAACAGUGGUGUGUCUGUAAGAAUCGGUGGAAUUGCACUAUUCCUUUAACAUUACAUAUAUGAGGGAAGAGUGGGAGAAAAGCGUGUAAGAGUGAUUCUGUAUUCCUUCCGGUGUUCUGCAUAAAUAAAACCAUGGCUCUGCCUUUUACCCGCCAGGUCUGAA